AUGGACCCAUUCACAACCCCGACUGUCUCCAGCCAGUGCUUAAAUUCUGAUCUUUGUGUGGUAUGUGGUGACAAGGCAAUUGGCAAACACUAUGGAGCCGUGGCCUGCAACGGCUGUAAAGGUUUCUUCAGACGGAGCGUGUUUCAAAACCUUCAAUACACGUGCCGCUUCGAGAAGGCCUGUAGCAUUGACAAAGAUCAUCGAAACGCUUGCCGGUACUGCCGCUUUCAAAAAUGCCUGGCUGUUGGAAUGCGACCAGAAGCAAUUCAAAAUGAGCGUGAUCGAAUUGGAAGCACAAAACGUCGGAAGCGUACCAUGACGAAUCAAGAUGAUACCUCGGACUCUGAAAGCGUCCCAUCGCCAAAAAUGCAGGACUCGAACGCGAGCGCUUCAUGUCGACUUCUUCAAAUGCUUGUCGAUGUGGAGCAUCGAGCUGUCAGCAGUCAAAACAUGGACAGGCUGCUCCGAGAAGAUACUGAUUGCCGUACUAGUAGACAAAGAACGGUCAAUCACAUCAUUGGAUGGGCAAAUAUGCUUCAUCCUUUACCGGAGAUCCCAUUUGUUGACAAGAUGCAGCUACUGAAGCAGUUCUCACCGUCAUUCGCUCUUCUGAGUACGGUACAGAGAAGCAUGUCACUUCCGCACUUGUUGCUGCCGAACGAUGAGAUUCUCGUGCUGUCUGCCUCGCAUGCGUCGUCCAUCGUUACGGUACUCUCUCGCGUUUUCGAGGAAUUGCUUACCCCACUUCGGCGAUUGCGCGCUGAUCAGGCCGAAUUUAGUUGCCUCAAGGCCUUGCUUUUGCUCAAUCCUGAUGUCGUUGGCCUAUCGUCACAGGCCCGAGAUAUGCUUCGCGAAGCAAGAGACGCACUGCUCAAAGCCCUCUAUAGCUACCUCAACCAGUCAUUCUCGGUCAUUGAUGCAUCAUUACGGGUCUCGUCUCUUCUUCUGAUCAUUCCUUCUCUUAUGACUAUAAGUCAAUGCAUCUCUGAAAUCUCAGAAUUGGGCGAACUCUUUGGACUUUGCGAAGGGAAUCAGAAGCAGAAGGAUCCAGUCAUCAGAGAACCAUGGCUGAUUUCCGACAAAACGUCCUAUCAAGGUGUACCUUGUAAUGAUACGGUAUUUUCACGUAUCCUGACGCCGCAUCAUUUAUUCUCUCAACAAGGUCUGAACUGCUCACCUUGCAAUACCUCUCCGAACAUCUCACCGUCGUACUCACUUAUUCAUAACACUUUACCGCUUCUACCUAACGCUCAGGAUCACUUCCCACUGAAAGUUUUCAUGACAUAA